AUGCGAGGCUCCACUGGAGGGUCUCCUGAAGAGCCCGGGCACUCCCCUUGCGAGGCUCGAAAUUCAGGCGCGGAUCCCUCCUCAGCUUCGUCUUCGCAGAGCUCAAAAGGUUCGCGGAUUCCCGGCACAGUGCUGCAUCCUGAUGAGAUUCACCAGCGAACUCGUCGCCGCGUAGAGUACUUCGAAGCCAAGCAAGCGACGCAUUACGAGAAGAAGGAAAACGACGCCAUUCGCGCCCAGAUUGGGAAAGAAAUCAGAGACAAAUGCAGGCCCGAGCUCGACGACUACUAUGACUGCAUGUGUGAACGCACGUUCACUUUCAUCGCCUGCCGAUCCUAUGCAGCCGCCGUGCAUAAGUGCAUCGCCAAGUAUGAGAAACCGGAGGUGAUGAAGGCGCGCUGGGAGGAAGUCGCGCGCGAACGCGAAGCCCUCGGGCUCAGCCGCAUCAACCGUCGUCAGCGAAAGUACUACAACAAGUACAUCUCUGACUUAGACGGCUCAGGCUGGCUUCCCGCGAAGACGGAGGCGACAGGAACUGGAGACAAGGAAGCGUGA